UUGAGUGAGGAGGUGGGCGGCGCGGCUCGUAACCUGGUGGUCACUGAAAGGCUCCAAGUUAAACUUCCGUUGCUAGAAUUACAUCACAAAUGGCCGGAUAAAUUGCGCUGCAAGGCGAGCAAACUAUUUUUCUCGAGGUCAAUCGCUGCAUCAGCCUCAGAGUUGGACGUGCUUCACAUGAGGCCUGCACUACAAGCACUACAUAAACCUCCGUUACCCAUCCUCCAUCGCAAAGUCACGCGUCACUCAAUACUCUUCCGAGUCGAAAUUAAUUCAGCGAAUUAUGAAGUUAGAUUUAAGAACCAAAUGAUUACACUUCUAUUGGUUGUAGCCAGCGAUGCUAAAAUGGCUAGUCACUCGCAACCCGGGCACCGAUGAGCCCGGGCAGUCAACCGACAGAUACUUCGUGCAUUCCGUCUCAGGUUAUUUGGACAACAGCGAACUGCCUCCCACAGUCAACUUGAGCUUAGACAACUCAACGGCCAUCAUACAGCAACAUUUGCUGCCAAGUGUCUACUACAGACGCACUCAACAGCCCAAUGACCGUCUUUUAAAUAACAAUAUAGCUGGAAUCGGAGACUCUGAAAAGCCUGGAUCACUUAGGACAAAUCACCUUCAUUCGAAAAAUUUGUCAUUGCCUAAUGAACAUAGGCAAGGUAAGCAUUAUCACUACGCAGUGUCAGAUAUUCUAGUCGCCAACGAAGCUCAAAUGCAGGCUGCUAUGGCAGCUCCUAAUUUUCUCAGCUCUGAAGUGGUGCAAGAUAAACGCCAUGCAGGCUUUUCAUCAUCACCGCCGUCAACCUCUGCAGACGUACCACAAGAAUCGCACGUAAGCCAGAAACUCUGGUCGCAUCCGGUGGAGGCCCAGAUGCUAGUAGGAUCUGAACAUUUUCUGAUGACGGCCCUGCCUGCAUCAGAGCUUCAUCACCUGCCUGCAUCAGAGCUUCAUCACCUGCCAACAUCAGAGCUUCGUCAUCUCACCCAUGAAAGGAAGGUGCUCUCCGCCGCCAUCACGGACGAUCCGCUCGCCACGCUCUCCGGCCGCCGCCACAAACGAAUGCACGAAGAAAUCUACGCCGUGUCCAGGUCAAUGGUUAUUACCAAAGUCUCGCAGGCACAUCAAUGCACUACAACUCCUAAGGAAUGUAUUCACUUCACCAUCGGCUCCUUCACGACCGUGGGUCUCGCUGCAGUUCAGUCACUCCUGAGCAAAUGA